AUGUCGGGUUUUAAUUUGAGCGCAACGUUAAAUAUAGUGCGAUUGGCAUUCAAUCCACAACUUUGCAUGCCACAUCUGGUGGUGCCGACGUUCAAUGGUAUACCAGUUCCAAUUCCCAGUACUGACUCAAAAAUCAAAGCAGUUGUACUUGAUAAAGACAACUGUUUUGCCAAAGCUCACGAUGAUAAAGUGUGGCCAGAAUAUACUGAAAAGUUAGACAUGUUGAAGAAGGAGUACCCUGGUGCAAGUAUGCUCAUAGUGAGCAACUCAGCGGGCACUAACGACGACAAAGAAUAUCUCCAGGCCGGAAUACUUGAAGAGAAGACAGGUGUACGAGUUUUAAGACACACUACGAAAAAGCCUGGAUGUCACGAGGAAAUAAUGCAGUUUUUUAAACAGCAAGGUGUCUGUCAACACCCGUCGGAAGUUGCGGUGGUUGGAGAUAGACUAUUCACAGAUAUGAUCAUGGCUAACAUCAUGGGAGCAAAAGGAGUUUGGGUUAAUGUUGGAGUUGUGCAAUCAAAUAGUCCAAUUUGUAAAAUUGAAAGGUGGUGGUACUCCACUUUCAAAUGA